AUGUCUAUGUCGGCAUCUGUUGCUCUCACGUGUUGUCCUGCUUUUCUUCCGGCGGCUUCAGGGCCGGAAUUAGCCAAAUCGAUCGAUUCCGCGGGAGACUGCAAUCGGAAACUUAUACCGGUGCUUCCUCCUCCUGAAGAAGAGGUCAGAGAGGUUAGCAAUGCUAAUGGAAUCACUGCUUUUACCGGUAAACUAGAUCCUCCCGAGCGAGCCAAGAAAGGGUUGAUUCUGGAAGAUCAUGUUAGGAAUUGGGUUAAGAGAAGAGUUGAUUCCGGAGUUUCGGAGUCGAGAUGUUUCCUUCCUUUUCUUGUUGGAUCUAAGAAAAUGGUUGACUGUCUUGUUUGCCAUAAGCUGGUGUACCCGGGAGAAGAAUUGACGUGUUCUGUUCGUGGCUGUCAAGGCGUUUAUCACUCGCUCUGUGCGAAACAAAGUAUCGGUUUAUCCAGUUCGGGAAAAUUUAGAUGCCCUCAACAUGAAUGCUUUGUCUGCAAGAUAAGAACUCAAUGGCGGUGUGUAAAGUGUCCAAUGGCUGCUCAUGAUAAGCAUACUCCAUGGUCAAAAGAAAUACUUCACUUGAAAGACCAACCAGGAAGAGCAAUUUGUUGGAGGCAUCCAACUGAUUGGCGACUAGACAAAAAGCAUGCAGUUGCACAAAGUGAGAUGGAGGAGGUCUUUUGCCAAUUGCCUUUGCCAUAUGUUGAAGAAGAGUUCAAGAUUGACUUGACAUGGAGAGAUUCUGUUCCGAAAGAUGAUCUGCCUCCUUAUGUCCACAUCAGGCGCAAUAUUUACUUUGUGAAGAAGAAGCGUGAUGAUGCUAAUGAUGGUGUUGGGUGCACAAACUGUGGCCCUACUUGCUGUAGAAGCUGUGUUUGCAGGGUUCAAUGUGUGAGCUGUUCAAAGGGAUGUGGAUGCCCUGAAACUUGUAGCAACAGACCAUUCCGAAAAGACAAGAAGAUCAAAAUUGUUAAGACUGAACAUUGCGGUUGGGGAGUAGAGGCAGGAGAAUCUAUCAACAAAGAAGACUUCAUUGUCGAAUACAUCGGUGAAGUGAUUAGUGAUGCUCAGUGUGAGCAAAGGCUUUGGGAUAUGAAGCACAAAGGCAUGAAAGACUUUUACAUGUGUGAGAUUCAGAAAGACUUCACGAUUGAUGCCACCUUCAAAGGGAACGCUUCUCGCUUUCUGAAUCACAGUUGCAACCCAAACUGUGUAUUGGAGAAGUGGCAAGUUGAAGGUGAGAUCCGUGUAGGUGUCUUUGCAGCUCGUCAAAUUGAAGCAGGAGAGCCACUUACAUAUGAUUACAGAUUUGUGCAGUUUGGUCCCGAGGUAAAAUGCAAUUGUGGUUCUGAAAAGUGUCAAGGUUAUCUUGGGACAAAGAGGAAAGAACCAAACUGUUUGGUUGUAUCUUGGGGAGCAAAACGCAGAAGAGUGUUUCACCGACCUUUAUCCCAUAGAUUGCAGCAAAAUUUAGCUUCAACAGUCUCUGGGAUUGAUGUGUAG